CAACACCAUCCAUGGGCAAUAAAAGUGGUUCACCCUAAACCCAAAAUAUUGAUGCUAGGGUUUUUAAAAGUCAAUAAUGAAUUCUAUUAUCUUACCACACUCUCCCCUGUUUCGUCCUCCUCAUCUGCAUCCUCAAUCUAAUAACAAAGAUCAUCUGUGGCUCUCUUCUUCUUCUUCUUCUUCUCGUUCCAUUUCGACUUCAAUCGUUUCUUCUUCACACUAUCAUCGUCUUUCUUCCGUUGCUGCUGCUGCUGCUACUGCUACAGGUCCUUCGAAUGAGGGAGCAAUCUCUUUGGAAGAUUUUGUGGAGAAAGAUUGGUCAUUUCUUGAUACGAAUUCUGACGCUAAUCGGAUAAUCUCGGCGGGAGAGAUUGAGGAAAGUUCGAGGGUUUUGGUUUGGAUUGGUUCUCAAGGAUUUGUGGAGCAAUUAGUGGAUUCAUCACCUCCUUUGCAACUAUUGCUGGUUGUCCAUGACUCCUUAUUGGUGUUAGCCAGUAUCAAAGAGAAAUAUGACACUGUUAAAUGCUGGCAGGGAGACCUGAUUUAUGUACCACACAAAUGGGCACCUUUUGAUGUUUUCUUUCUUUACCUCCUCCCUGCUUUGCCCUUUCAACUUCAUCUCCUUUUUCAAUCACUUGCCAAACAUUGUUUGCCAGGUGCAAGAAUUGUGAUGAGUCAUCCCCAAGGGAGGGAGGUGGCGGAAAAGCAAAGACAACAAUUCCCUGAAGUGGUAAUCUCUGACUUGCCAGAUGAGAUGACAUUGCAGAAAGUUGCUGCUGAUCAUUCAUUCCAGAUGACCGAAUUUGUAGAUGAACCUGCCUUAUAUCUUGCUGUCUUCAAGUUUAAGGAAGAAGAACAAGAAGAAGAAGAUGACUCAGUGAAACAGACCAACAAAUCCCAAACUUGAUUACCCUUAUGGUCCAAGAGUUGCAACAAGCAAAGAAAAGAAAAAAAAGUAAGAAAAAUAGUUUGACACUGACUGCUUGUUAUUACAUCAAUCAUCUACGCAUUCAUUUUUCCAAAGUAGUGAAUCUUUAGAAGUAGUUUGAAGGCCCUCACUGUUGUUGUUAAUUAGCAUAAUUAUGAUCAAAAGUUAUGUUGCAUUUAAUCUUACAUGGCUGUUGGUGGGUAUCUGUUUUUUGAUGCCAAAAUCACAUAAAUCAUAAUAGUGGGGCUAUGAUGAGGA